GCCCAGCGAGUCAAGUACGUGGUACGUGGUUGUGCAUGAGCUAUUCCAUGCAUGCGCCCGCAUGUUCUCUAUCAUGGUUCCAGCGUAGGAGCAGGGUAACUGUGCGCAUGUGAGAUUGUGUAAAGUGCAUGGCGUGUAAGCUUUGUGAUCGUUAUCAGUGAAUGAGCGGUUCCUUCAGAAAUUCGCCGAGAAGCCAUUCAAAAAUGGGAGCGUUAUUAUCCGUACUCUUGUACACGGCGAGGUCCUACUUACGCGAACCGGUGAGCCGCAAGCACCCAUUCGGUUUUGCCUUGCCUUCUGAGAUCCACAAAACUCUCACACCAGAGUACAUUGAGUCUUUUAAGCAAGUUUUCGUCGUCGGCGACGUGCACGGUUGUUACGAAGAGCUCAUGGAUCUCCUUGCCGUGGCCAAAGCCAGGGAGAAGGACACACUCAAGUUGUUCGUUGGCGAUCUUGUCAACAAGGGACCGAGAAGCGAAGAUGUUCUCGAGUUUCUUAUCAACCACCGCUCUUCGUGUCACGCCGUCCGUGGCAAUCACGACGAGGUGGUGCUCAGGGAGUACUACGCCUCACGCAACCCGAUGUAUGCUCUCCCUGCGGAGAAUAAUUGGAUUAAACAGCUCACAGUAUGCCAAGUUCGCUUCCUUGAGCAGCUUCCCUACACUUUGCUUAUGCCAAGCCUCAACACUGUCAUUGUGCACGCCGGUCUUGUUCCCGACCAAGGACUAAGCACAUCGUUGGUCGACAUGGUCACCAUGCGAAAUGUCAUUAUUGAUGAUUUCUGGGAGAAGGGUGGCAUCAGGGCCACAUGCAAGGAUGAAGAACAUGCUGAGCCCUGGGGCCAGGUGUGGAAUGGGCCACAUCAUGUCAUCUUUGGCCAUGAUGCCAAGCGCAAGCUCCAGAAGUGGCGCCACUGUACGGGACUUGACACUGGGUGCGUCUACGGCAAUGCACUUACAGGCAUAUUCAUCACUGGGCCAAGGGCUGGCGAACUGGUGUCGGUGAAUGCCAAGUGUACCCACCAGAGACCUAAGGACAAGCAGAAGUGACUGACUUUCUCUCUCGUGCCUCAUUAGUGACUGGAACAAAGUGCUCUUCAUUUACAGACAUUGUGCAGCCAAAGGGGAAGUCUGCUGGUGGUGAUGAGAACCACAUCUGUGUACAAGACUAGUCAUAUUGCAGAAGGAGCUUGCUUACCCUGGGCCUCCUGAAUUCUUCUGAUUAGGAAAUUGCUCCAUCUUCGACUUUCCUCAUUCAUGUAUCAGAAGGGCAUAUAUCUCCGACUGUGAUGAUGGCAGCUUUGUGAUAUUUUUGUUACAAGACGUAAAAAAAAAGGGGGGGGGGGAGGGUGAUGUAUUUUGCUACGGCUUCUUUGUUCUUAUCAACAGCAAGGUUACUCAGAAGUGCCUAUGAAGUGUCCUUGUGUGCUUCAUCCCCACCUUGUGGAAAAAUUUCAUUCAACAGUGGUGAAUAAAAAAGCUGUGCCUUGUGCCAAAGGAAAAAGUAGUUGGGACCUCAUUACCUGAAAAGGUUGUGCUUCUGAGAAUAAUUCGAGGCACCCACUUGUUGAAGUAACAGUUGAAAACAAGGCUCUUGUUGCUGAUAGCAUUAGCUGCAGAGUAAGCAGCAAAAUUUCUUGUCAGCAUUUGGCUGACGGGGUGCACCAAGUGAUUCCAACUUGUAAGCAUGGACUGCACAACUAUUUGAAACUUUCAAAUAAUGAAUUGAGCAAAGUGAAUUUGAAACAAAGGAGUUACCAUUUUGAUGAAUUGUGCUGUAGAAUGACAAAAUGCAUAUGUAGAGAACAUUGUUCAUAGGCAGCCAUGCAACCCAUAGCAAAGAUGUACGGAAAAAAAUGCAAUCACUAUGAUUUUGAUGAGUGGCAGCAUCCAAUCUAACCUAACACUUGUCACUUUCUGCAAGGAUGCUCAAGCAAAUAUAGUGUCAUCAGGUGUGGUUGUAGAAAGCUGUUUUUCUAUUUGGAGCAUUUUGACUGCUCAGUAGUAUUCCCAUUGUUCUCAAUUUCUUCUUUGCUCAAUCUAGACACACAUAGAAGUUUUGUGGAUUGUCACUGCUCCACAUACGAUGCUUUGCAUGGCAAGCUGUAAAUAACCAUGAAUCACGAAAGCAAACAGUAGAAACGGCAUGGGAACUUUGCACCUGAAAGUCAGUAAGUUGAGUGUUGAGAAAGAGAGAUUGUUCCUUAGUUGCAUACCAACUUAUCUACCAUUGCAGUGCACUGCAGUUACAGAAUAUUUGCCGUUAGCUGUCAAUAUUUUCCUCUUCCGUGCCUUUGCAUUGUACGUUUUGUGCUGCGAACUUAUUUCUGUUAAUAAUUACGGUAUUCCUUUUAACCCAAAAGAAUUUUAUCACUGAAUCUACCUUGAACUUGCUGUGAAAAUAUGUCAUGCAAGUCGCACUUCUGCAGGUACAUUUUUGGCAGGUUGCUUUUACCUUGGCAUUCAAAUCGGUGUGAAAUGUCCAAAGAAUGCUUAUCAUACCUGUUGCUUCAUUCAACGUUCUUAGACUACAUUGGCUUCAUGUACCUCUUGCGGUGCUGAUAUCAAAUAGUUGCAAAUUUUUUUGUCUGCUUGCAGUAACACCCAACAGGUACGCAGACAGACGUAGCUGUUAAAGCAUGCAGAAAAUAUUUUUCCAUGUAAAUUGUGCCAUUUUCACAUUAUUAUGACAUGCAUGGCUUGUUUCAGAAUUGUUGUAUUUCAAGUUACUGUUUGGCAUGGUCAUACCUUGAAUAUUUUUCUGUGAAAUUAUGCAUACCUUUGUGUUGCACAAUAUGCAUUCAAAGCUUCUUCUGGUGGCCUCGUGGCAGUUUCCAACUGUAUUGGCUCAUAUGCAUAUUUUAAUCUUUUUACAGACUGCUGUACAAUUUGCUCUUUAGUACAGUGCCUUAAUGUAUAUUGGCAUUUUUCCCCACUUUUUUUUUUUUGUAUGCCACCUUUGUAGAUGCCAAAGUGAUUGUGUAUCUGGCAGAUAUGCUCAGCGUAGUGUAAAAAGGAUACAAUGUCAGCAUUUGCCGCUGCUGCUGCUUUGCUGUUCAGCCAAAUACAACCACUGUUUAACAUUCA